AUGAUUUUAUUUCAGUGUGGCUCCAACUUCGUGACGCGCUCGAAGCUACAGAGCCACAUAAACAGGACGCAUUUGGGACUCAAAUACAAUAAGAAUAUCGUAUGCGAAGUAUGUGGAAAGAAAUGUACGUCAAACGCAACGCUCAAAUAUCACCAGCGGACGCACACUGGCGAGAAACCGUACUCCUGCGCGUCGUGCUCAAAGCAUUUCGUAGAUAGCAACCAACUACGCAUACACACACGGACACAUACCGGCGAGAAGCCUUAUGUAUGCGCCGUUUGUGGGAAGCGGUUCAGUCAGAAACCGGCUUUAAAUCGACAUUAUAGGGUACACACUGGCGCGAAACCCUACACCUGUCAAUAUUGUUCUCGGACAUUCAGCCAAUCAAAUUCGUUAAAACUUCACGUCAAAACUGUACAUUUAAAACAGCCGGCGAACAGAAAGAGUAAAACUAAGACAUCUUUUGAAACAAAAAUGGAAAAGAACAUCGAAAAUCAUGAAAAUUCAGAAGAGUUACAGAUUGAUGGGAGUUUGCAGGCAAUACGAGUUUUUACACGAUGAUUGCAAAAUGGAAGUGAUAUUCUCAUAUAUAUUUUUAUUAUAAUAAUAAUCGAUUGUAAUUCCGCUUAUUAAAUUAUUAUAGGCUAAUUUAUGUUUUUAUUU